GUUAAAAAUAUUCAACCUGGAAGACAGCGAAACAAUAUUGCGCGUGCAUUUCCUCAUCAACACAUCUUGUGAUUUGUUGCUUUUUUAAUUAAAUAAACUACAUUACCUUUCUGAAUCAUGCUUUCGACUGCCGUUCAGGCGUUGCAGAUACAGUAGAUCUGUACUGCUCUAGUACUUCCUUGUUUACAUGAAUAGUAUCAUUUCUUUCGAGGUCUUCGAUUUGAGGAAGGGGGACAAUGUUUCCUGUAACAUUGAGUUGUAUGAUUGCCACUGCAAUUAUCUUGCUGUCAUGCCCCCUGUUUUUAGAGGGUAAACAGCCGCCGCACAUAGUAUUCAUUCUAGCCGACGACUUCGGCUGGAACGAUGUUGGAUACCACGGUUCAGAGAUCAAGACGCCGAAUCUGGACAAACUGUCAGCUAAAGGUGUCCGGCUGGAAAAUUACUACGUUCAACCUUUAUGUACACCUUCCAGGAACCAAUUUAUGACCGGAAGAUAUCAGAUCCACACAGGCAUGCAGCACCAGAUCAUCUGGCCGUGCCAGCCCUACUGUGUCCCUCUGGAUGAGAAGCUGCUGCCACAGCUGAUGAGAGAGACAGGCUAUGCCACCCACAUGGUGGGAAAGUGGCACCUGGGCAUGUACCGCAAAGACUGCCUGCCAACACGCAGAGGGUUCGACUCCUAUUUCGGCUAUCUGACAGGCAGUGAGGACUACUUCAGUCACCAGCGCUGCAGUCAUGUCCCUCUCCUGAACGUGACCCGCUGUGCCCUGGACCUGAGAGAGGGGGAGGAGGUUGCUACGGGAUACACAGGGACCUACUCCACUCAGCUGUUUACUGACCGGGUUACCAGCAUCAUCGCUAAACACAACUCCAAAAAGCCCCUCUUCCUCUACGUGGCUCUUCAAGCGGUCCACGCCCCUCUACAAGUUCCAGAGCGCUACGUCGCCCCCUACAGUUUCAUAAAGGACCCGAACCGCAGGCUGUAUGCUGGUAUGGUGUCCGCUAUGGACGAGGCUGUGGGCAACAUUACGCUGGCACUGCAGGAGACCGGCCUCUGGGACAACACUGUACUGGUCUUCUCUACAGAUAACGGGGGUCAGACUCUGGCGGGGGGUUCUAACUGGCCUCUGAGAGGCAGGAAGUGGUCACUGUGGGAGGGUGGGGUUAGGGGCGUUGGCUUCGUGACUAGCCCUCUGCUGAAACAACCUGGGACCGUCAGCCGCCAACUCAUACACAUCUCUGAUUGGCUGCCGACACUGGUGGGCCUGGCCGGGGGCUCGACCGAUGGGACGAAGCCACUGGACGGCUAUAAUGUGUGGAACGCUAUCAGUAAAGGUCACGCUUCACCCAGACUGGAGCUGCUACACAACAUUGACCCUCUCUACGUUGACAUCGCUCCAUGUCCAGGCAGUGCUUCCCAGGGGUUGCCUGUCUCUAAUGCUCCAGUGAGGCGUGGAGGCUCCACCUCCAACCCUUGGUCCUGGUCCAACUCAGGCUUCAACGUGUCUAUCCACGCUGCCAUCCGCAGCAUGCAGUGGAAGCUGCUGACUGGCUACCCAGGCUGUGACCGAUGGUUCACCCGUCCAGGCUUGGAGAACAGUUCUGGAACCAACAGUUCUGCUUCUGUUAAUCCUCUGAAGCCUGUGAUGCUGUUUGAUGUGGAGGCGGACCCAGAAGAAAGGGAUGAGGUGUCUGACCAGCACCCCAACGUGGUGGACAACCUCCUCAGGAGACUAGGCCACUACUUGCAGAGGUCUCAGCCAAUCACCUUCCCUGAUGACGACCCCAGGUGUGACCCUGGCACUGGAGCCUGGGGGCCCUGGGAAUAGACACAAUGGUGGGGAUGACGAUGAAGGAGAAGUGUAAAGUGCCAGAUUCCAGCUAUGAAGAGACGUGAAGAGUAUUCAAGAUCUCAAUGAUCACUUUUCCUCCGGGAG